AUGGCCCACAUUCAAACCAUGUUAAAGCCCACCAUAUCGUUAUUAGAACACCGGACCUGCUCACAGCAGCAGCAGCAGCAGCAGCAGCAGCAGCAUCAUCAGCAGCAGCAGCAGCAGCAGCAGCAACAGCAGCAGCAGCCGCAGCAGCAGCAGCAGCAAGGUGCUCCACAAGGUGCCGCACGUUCGGCUGACCGUCCUAGGAGGGAUGUGCGCCCUCCUAACCGGCUGACCUAUCCGAGCUUUGGGAAGCCAAAGGUGGUACGAGCUGGGAGCCCUUGUGGAGGGUAG